AUGGAAAUCUGGGUUCAAGUAUAUAAUCUGAAGGUGGGUUUCAUGUCUGAUCGGGUUCUAAAGGCUUGUGGAGGUUUCAUUGGUAUGUUCAUUUCAUCUUGUCCGAAAAAUUAUGCUGGCAUUUGGAGAGAGUUUCUGAGGGUUCGGGUCAGGAUAAAUAUUGAACAACCAUUGAAGAGAAGAAUGAAAAUACAGUACUCUAAGAGGGACUUUUUCUGGGCUGAGUUUAAAUAUGAGAGAUUACCAACCUUCUGUUUCAUUUGUGGUGUUCUUGGGCACUCUGAGAAGUUCUGUAUCAAACUUUUUGAAGAAGAGCCAGAGAACAUAGUCCGACCAUAUGGCUUGUUCAUGCGUGCUCCUGACCGACGACAAGGCAAGCAGAUUGGGGCUCGGUGGCUUUGUGACAACAUGGCUCGACCUUUCACCGGGAAUCAUGAAGGAAGCUCUUCGGCGGUGACCACUAAUGCAGGCGGCGUUAAUGAACGCAUAAUCAGGGAUACCCAGAUGCGAGAGGCGGGAAUGAGGGGAGUUAAUUAUGGAAACGAAGGAGUAACUCCAGGAAGGAUGCGUGGGGUAGAUACCGAUUUGAUUUACAGAGACAGAGGGGAAGUUAAUGGUGGGAUUCGGGGGAUUGAGAAAGAUUCGGGAUGUAGAGUUGAAGGAGGAAUAAAUGGGGUAAUUGUUGACCAAAUCACAGAUGUUAAUGAAGAGGGUAUUGGCUACCAAAAUGAGGGUUUCCUGUUUUUAGACCCUAAACGGCGUAGGGUGAAUUUGGGCCUAGAACAUGGAUUGCGUGUGGGCCGAACUGAAGCUAUGGAGCUGGGCCGAGAUGAAGAAGUUGGGGAAAGGGCUCGGGCUGGGCUGGAAAUUCGAGCUAAGCUCCAAACUCAAACUAAGGAGGCGGUUUUAGACCCAAUUAGUGAGGAUGGAGGCCAAAAUUCAGAAGUUGAUAAGGUAGAUGUCAUUAAGUGGAAAUUAGGCUUUGAAGGUAGUUUUGUGGUGGAUGCUCAUGGACAUAGUGGAGGGUUAGUAAUGCUGUGGAGGAAAGAGGAAGAAGGCAGGUUGAUGAGUUAUAGUUUCAAUCACAUUGAUAUUGUGUUGAAAUUGGAAAAUCAUCCUGAGUUUCGAUUAACUGGUUUCUAUGGGGAGCCCCAACGAAGAUUGCGCCAUAACACUUGGAGGAGACUCACACAAUUAGCUGGUGCUUCAGAGUUGCCUUGGUGUCUAAUUGGGGAUCUCAAUAAUGUGCUCUACCAAUGGGAAAAGAGAGGGGGUCAUGCUUAUCCUAGUGGUUUGAUCAAUGGAUUUCAAGAUACACUUGUUGACUGUGGAUUGAGUGACAUGGAGUUGAUUGGUCACCCCUACACUUGGGAAAGAGGUAGAGGUACGCCGAAUUGGAUCGAGGUGAGACUUGACCGUGCCUUAAUUUCUCAAUCAUGGAGGUCAAUUUUCUCUGCAGCUAAAUUGGUUAAUCUAGAAAUUUCGGCAUCUGAUCACUCCCCUCUUUGGUUGGACCUUGCUUAUCAAAAGCGGGAUCCUUACGUUAAGAGGUUCAGAUUUGAGAAUGCUUGGGUUAGAGAACCCAUGUGUCGUCAGAUCAUACAAGACAACUGGGUAGCUUACAGUACUGAUACUCUCCAAAACAAAAUAAAGUGUUGUAGUACUGCUCUAGCUGAAUGGGGCAAGGAUAUCACAGGUAAUUUUAAGGAGCGUAUAAGUCAGUGUAACAGAGUAUUGAGACAACUGAAAGGGCGCAGAGAUGAUGAGUCUGUUCGUCGGUACCAGGAGAUUCAUAGUUGUCUAUUUGAAGUGCUCACGCAAAAGGAGAUAUUCUGGCGUCAACGAUCAAAGCAGUUAUGGAUACAAGCAGGUGACCAAAAUACUAAGUUCUUUCACGCGUGUGCAAGUACCAGAAAGCGAGCUAAUCAACUCACUUCUCUCAAGAAUGACCAUGGUAUGUGGGUAGACUGGGAUAAUGGUUUGGGCAAUGUUAUUGUUGAUUAUUUCAGGAAUAUCUUCUCAGCCUCAACUACUGAUUGGGAUCGGGUUACUGAGUGUGUCCCAGAGAGUAUAACAGAAGAGAUUAAUUUGGAGCUGCUUGCCCCUGUGGAAGAGGGAGAAGCCAAGGAAGCACUGUUUCAAAUGCACCCAGAUAAGUCACCUGGUCCAGAUGGUUUUAAUCCAGGCUUCUAUCAGAAAUUUUGGGAUAUUGUGGGUCCUGAUGUGGUCCGGUUGGUUCAACACUUUUUCAUGUUUACUGAGUUCCCAGAUCAUCUCAACGAUACUCAUAUUGUUCUUAUUCCCAAGAAGUCUAAGCCUGAAACUAUGGGUGAUCUUAGGCCUAUUGCUCUAUGUAAUGUGGUCUACAAAUUGUCUCGAAAGUUGUGGGCAAUCGUUUGA